AUGAUUUUGUCUUUCGGUAGUUUGAAAGUCAAAUUUCGAGAACAUGGAUUGGGCAAAUUUUGUAUUUAUUUUCUAACUCUUCAAUUUUUGUGAGUUUCUAUUUUUGUUGUGCGGCGAGAUUUUCAACACAGUAAGAAAAACAGAGAAAAUACAUUUUGUUAACCAUUUUCCGAUUUUCUCAGCCUUCCUGAAUAGAUUUUCUCUACUUUCUCAUCGUUAAGAAAAUAAAUUGAAUGGCCCCAAUCGCUCAAUAUUUGGGAAAAAAUUUGAGUAUCAUUUUGAAAGAAUGUUUAACGAUAAUUGGCUGGGAUUGUUUUUCUACCUCAAAAAACGUUUUGGAAAAUUUCAAAUUUUUGGGUUUCAAGGUCUUUUGACAAAAGCCAUUUAUGGAAUUUUUGAAAAUUAUUGAAACUGGUUUUCCAAAUACCGAGGAACUGGUGGCAUGAUUUUCCCGGAACUUUUUUAUCAAAAAAAAUUCAGAACAUUUUGAAAAAUGUCAAUUUUCAAGGUUGUCCGGAAUCAUUUGAUCAAAAUAUUCUUGGAAAAAUUUGUAGUUUGAAACAUGGCUAUAUUAUUGUUUUGAAAAAAAAUAGUGUGAGAAUGAGAGAUAAUAAUUGUAAAGUCCAAAAUAUUCGAACCCAAACUAAAUCCCACAUUUCCAGAAUCACUGAAAUCAGCGAGAACUACAAAGGUGGCAAAGACUUGAUCCUCGAACUCCCAGAAAACUAUGACAUCUUCCAUAUCGAUUGGAUCUCCGUGUUCUGCGUCAAAUAUCGUGUAAACUUCGGCAAUAUUGUUGUUCCAACUGACGACACUCUAGCAAAUAUUCCUCCAUAUGUCCCACCAUUCCAAAGAAAACCAGAAAUUGCAAAUAUGAAACCAAGAGGAAUUCUUCGUGGAACUCAAGAUCGUCGAAAUCUCACAUUCCAACUUGCGGAGACCAAUAAUAUCAAACCAUAUUCAGGUUUUCCAUAUUUAAGAGCACCGAAAUAUGUGUGGUUUGUGAAUAGUGUGCAAACACCAGAUUUGUAUUUGGUCAGAAAUGAAACCUACACUUUCAAGUGAGUCAUUUUCAAAUUCAGCUAGAGAAUUAUUAAGAAAAAAACUUUUUUUCAGCAUCGAAGGAGGAAAAGACAAAUCAAUCCCACAGUUUUUCAAUCCUCUUUACAUUGGAAAUGAUGAACAUGGAGCUUAUAACGAAUUAUCCCCAAUGGAAGCAGAGGUAAGUUUUGAAUAAAAAAUUAGCGGGUUUUUAAAAUAAACAAUGUUUCAGAAAGUCACAAUUUACUCGCCUGGCCCAGUGGAUAGCAAUUCUGGUCCACUUUGUAUUUGGUCACAAUUGAAACCACAUCAAAAUGCGUCUGAUAUGUUCUUGGAGUGUGAUGGUUGGCCAGAAGAUGUUCAUACUUUUGUCUUUACACCAAAUGAUACUACACCAAGUGUUUUGUACUAUAAUGUGAGUUUUGGAAAUUGUUUCACGAAUUAAAACUAUAGUUCAAAAAAAUUGGAACUUUAUGAACUGUGUUGUAAUUUCAGAGUGCCACAAAUUUCGACAUGGGUGGUCGAAUUUUCAUAGUCGACGAGCUGCCCGCCAAUCUCACUGAUGCUCAAGAAAUCCCAUACAAUCGAGAGAAAUGGCAUACUUUGGCUCUCACCAAAUUACGCAACGGAAAAGUUAACACGGCUAAAACUACAAUUGCUGCAUUUUUCAUGAUUCUGGUCACAAUUAUCGUUUCAUAG